AUGGGCGCCGUCCUCUGCUGCUGCUCUCAGCCAAUUGAUUUCGAUGGCGAAGUCGAUCUUUACCAUUUUGACCUCUUGAGGGCCGUCGGGAAGGGCGCCUUUGGCAAGGUCCGCGUAGUCGAACACAAGCGAACCAAGAAACUCUAUGCGCUCAAAUACAUCGAUAAGGCCAGAUGCAUAAAGCAGAAGGCGGUGGCGAAUAUUAUCCAGGAGCGUCGCUUGCUUGAGGAGAUAGACCAUCCAUUUGUGGUCAACCUACGCUAUGCCUUCCAGGAUGACCAGAAUUGCUUCUUUGUGUUGGAUUUGAUGCUUGGCGGGGAUCUGCGAUUUCAUCUGGAGCGGCUAGGACGCAUCCCAGAGAAGGUCGUGCAGUUUUGGACAGCAGAGCUGUGUUCUGCACUGGACUACCUGCAUAGGCAACGUAUCGUCCAUCGUGACAUGAAGCCAGACAACAUUCUAUUGGACUCGAACGGCCAUGUGCACAUCACCGAUUUUAAUGUUGCGAUCCACUACUCGGAGCGGCGGUUACAUACGAGCGUCGCAGGGAGCAUGGCGUACAUGGCGCCAGAGGUGAUCGGGAAGAAGGGCUAUACGUGGUGCGUCGACUGGUGGAGCCUCGGCGUCGUCACAUGGGAGCUGCUCUUCCGCCGCCGCCCGUUCGAUGGGCGGACCGCAGACAAGAUGAAGCAUGCAAUCAUGAAGGACCCCAUCCGAUUCUCGUCCAAGGCCAACGACUACUGCAGUCUAGAGGGCCAGGAGUUUAUCCGAGGGCUGCUGGAUAGAAAUCCGAAGACGCGCUUGGGAUGCAGAGGGAAGGGUCGAGGCAUUCCGGAUGUUCAUGACCAUCCGUGGUUUGCAUCUAUCGAUUGGGAUUGUCUGGAGCAGAAGAACAUACAGCCACCAUUUGUGCCUGAUAUCAACAAAGCGAAUUUUGACGUGUCGCAUGAGCUGGACGAGUUCCUCAUGGUCGAAAAGCCGCUUACGCACUCAAAACGGAAGGCUCAUCCCGACCUCGAGAAAAUGAAGCCGGAGCUACGGCAGCUUGAAGAGCAGUUCACAGUGUACGACUUCACGAAGCACAAGCGCCAGUCGUACUACCCACACAACGAGCCGAUCACUACGACGGUCCAUCAGUCGGAUGCCGAGACUACCGAUGUAGCUCAGUCCACUACAAACACGCUCCUGCCCACGGCGACGAUCAUUGAGCGCUCGCAGGCGAGCUCUCCAACGCCGGAGGACCAGGAGCAUUCCAUGUCCGGGCGUGAGACGCCGUACCCUCUGCGCUCCGAGAACCAGCGCGCGUCAUUAGCGGAGCAAUCACUCGCGUGA